AUAAAAAUGUAUUUUUGAUGUAAUGGUUGCACACGGACGAUAUUUAAUCUCGCUGAAGUUAAACUGGUCUACAUGAUCCUGCAUCUCGAUGGCUUGAGCUUAAUAGCUUACGGAGCAAGACUUUCUUGUUGCAGGAUUAACUGUGAGUCCACCUGACCUGGUCCUCUAAUAAACACACCAUCACCAUCAUCGUCAUCAGCAUCGACAUAAAAACAAUCAUCUACAAUGCCACUUGGAUUGGGGCGAAGGAAGAAGGCGAGUCCUCUGGUGGAAAACGAAGAGGCCGAGCCGAUCCGUGCCGGGCUCAACGUGGACGGCCUCGAUAUUGGUGGAAUCGGAAUUGCUGAGGGUGUGACACAGGAAGGCCUGCCGCCACCACCUACUAACCUUAGACCUCGUCUCAUUUUCCACACCCAGCUGGCACACGGCAGCCCCACAGGGCGCAUCGAAGGAUUCAGCAACGUUCGAGAGCUCUACUCCAAGAUCGGCGAAGCGUUCGCGAUUCCGCCCUCGGAGGUCAUGUUUUGCACAUUGAACACUCACAAGGUGGACAUGGACAAGCUGCUGGGGGGCCAGAUCGGUCUGGAGGACUUUAUAUUUGCUCACGUAAAGGGCCAGAAGAAAGAGGUGGAAGUGUUUAAGGGGGAGGACGCUCUUGGACUCACAAUCACUGACAAUGGAGCUGGCUAUGCAUUUAUUAAGAGGAUAAGAGAGGGCAGUGUCAUUCAUCAGAUCCAGAUCGUCAAUGUUGGGGACAUGAUCGUGUCGAUAAAUGGUCAGAGUCUGAUUGGCUGUCGGCAUUAUGAGGUUGCCAAGAUGCUGAAAGAAUUACCCAAAGGAGAAAACUUUCUUCUGAAACUGGUGGAACCACUCAAGGCCUUUGAUAUGAUCAGCCAGCGGUCAGGGGGACGAGCAGGUUCAGCCGUGCAGCUGGGCACAGGCAAGGGAACACUACGGCUCAGAUCUAAAGGACCAGCGACGGUAGAGGAACUGCCUUCAGCGUUCGAGGAAAAGGCUAUUGAGAAGGUGGACGAUCUGUUGGAGAACUACAUGGGUAUAAGAGAUAGUGAGCUUGCUGCUACAAUGGUGGAGCUGGGAAAAGAUAAAAAGAACCCAGAUGAGUUUGCAGAGGCUUUGGAUGAGACGCUUGGUGACUUUGCCUUCCCAGACGAGUUUGUGUUUGACGUCUGGGGCGCCAUCGGAGAUGCCAAGGUCGGUCGGAUCUAGUCUGAAAAUGGGAGCGCACAGGACUAAAUGCCCUUGCAAGGCAUGUAGGCAGAUGGCACUGACACUAAAAACACUGAUAGUAGGAAACACUAUUAACACUCGCACAGUGUUUAGAACUUUGA